AUGAAGGCUGAUUACUCCAUCCAAUGCUUUACUGCCCAACACAAGACGUAUUGGCCAUUUGCUGUCAUGUUUUCCGUAUACCCUGUGGGAUUUCCUUUGAUGAUACUGCUACUUAUUUACAAAAACAGACAAUCGCAGCGUAAUGAGGAACUUUCUUUUGGAUUAAAAGUCUUUUUUGAGAACUGCAAGGACAAAUUUUGGUUCUGGGAGGUAACAGAGAUGUACAGAAAGCUGAUACUUAUCUCACUGAUUUUCCUUUUUGGUUCUGAGGGGGUAUCCCGGAUUGGUCUGACUCUGCUGGUCGUGAGUGUCUUUGGUGUGGCCUACACAUUCUUCCGCCCGAUAAAAGGCAGAUUUGAAGAUCUUCUGCAAACCUUUGUUCUGUGGGUUAUCUUCUUUGACGUUUGUCUCGGAGCAAUGUACAGCACCUCUGACGUCACCGAAGAUAAUGACUCCUUGAUCGUGAACAUCCUGUUUGUCAUCCUCAACAGUUCUGUGCUGCUGGUUGCUUUGGGUAAGUCUCAUGAUUAUUCAACUGCUACUUUCUGAUUGACUCAAUGAGCAUUGCCCCUUCUGGCUAGUUAAAAAUUAAAACCUUAGCUUCUCUUUAAGAUUCGCAUAGCGGAAUCCUAACAAAGGCAGGAUAAAUAAAAAGUUCGAGGAGGAAGAAAGGAGAGGAGAGAAAAAGUAAUAUUCGCACUGUUAGUUUUUAUAUUGGCCACUUUGCAGAUAGUUUUUGGCCAAAAAAAGACCCCUUGACAGAAGAGGUCUAUUUGCUGGAAACGUUUUCGAAAACCAAGGUAGAUAAAAUUAAACAGGGAUUUUAUGCCCCAGCACGCAAAAAAUUAAAUGCCACUCUUUUAUCUAGAACGAUUUCCAUUACUCUAACAUUUUCUAAUCUUGCUAAUUUAAAUAUCAGUAUGAUGUCUUAACUUCCAUUCGGCAAAAUUUUGUUUGUUGAAGCCAAGAAAGUGUUACUUAACGUUAUGUCAAUGGAGAAAAGAAAAUCUAAUCGUGAUCCACUUUCAACAUACUAAUUUGACUGGUCGAUUUUGUAAAUCGUCUGGACAAAUUAGUGCUUGAAAGUGGAUCCCAAUUAGAUUUUUCUUUUCUCUAUUGACGUAACGUUUUUUAACUUUCAUUUUUAGGCAAAGGGAUUGCGCACUUAUCGUUUGUUUACAAAAAGGUGUCAUCAUGUGUGAUACAUUGCAUCAAACUGAUUCAGCGUGGAUUUGCAUAUAUCAAGAGAAAAAGUGCCAGCUGUUUUCAGACGGUCUUUGGCCCAAGAUCAGAGCCAUUUGACUUACAAAGGCAUCUUUUGAUCCAGGAGUUCACUUGA